AUGGUCUCUCUGUCAAAGGAGGCUGAGGACGAGCUAAUUCCAUUGGUGAACUUCGUGAGCGGCAAGUUAAUCAUCUGUUUCGACGCCUUUUACGACAGUUCUCAAACCGCGCAGGACUGCAUUCUGGGGCCUCCGGUCAGCGGACAGACGGCUUCGUGGGCCACAUAUGGUUACAACGUCUAUUAUGAAAAUCUUUACCGUAGCACUGCGCCAUCCAUUCUGAAUGACCUUGAAUGUGACGUAGAGAUUGCUGACUACAGUGACACAUCUAGUGCUAUCAAUCUAGCUAACUUUGGGACUCAAGCAGUUCUGCGUUUCUUCUUCAACAACGAUGCUUCAUUCAGCUUUGAGGCUUUGGUCGACGGUGAGGUCGUCGACACGUUCAACUUCACAAGUGCUGGAAGUACAAAAAUAGAGCAAUCUGUCGACAUCAGUGGCUGCAGACACUCAGAUGUUAUGUAUAAACCUGGUACAAACGCCUCUGACCCACAAACCUGCUUCAGUCUAACCUGUAAUGAGACGGCAGCUCUCCGUACCACUGAGUGUGGCCCUCUGGAUCGUUGUCAAGGCAACGGCGUCUGCAAGUUUGUCUCCAUCUGCACUGUGACCGGCUCCGCUGUCAUUGACUUUAACGACCAACUGAAGACUGUGGAGGAUCGGUGUGGGUACACCCUGCUGACAGGUUCGCCAAUCGAAAACCUCACUGUGGUGGCGAACUUCCAGGAACGUCGUCGUAGAGAUGUGAGCUUUUUGGACAGCGUGACACUGCGGCUGCAGGGGCAGGAUCAUGUUCACCUGGAACAAGGCGGGACCGUUAAGGAGGGGAACACAACGCUGACCAUCAACGGCUCGACUGAUCUGGGAAACGGUGUGGAGGUCUUUGUGGACCCAACUGGAGUCACAGUCACCGUGUCGCACCCCGAGUCCACCACUUCUGUCUUCUUUGACGGGAACACUGCACAGAUCUUCCUUAUAGGACCUGCUGGACAAGAUCCAGAACUGGGGGGAUUGUGUGCCAGCUCCACGUCUGUGAGUGAUGAGAGACUUCCUGAGGACAAUGGCAGCAGCUGUGAGGUGCAGUACAAUGACACUGCUGACAGUUCCAUCAACUGCACCAUGAUGACUGAACGCUGUAACCUCCUGUUGGAGGAGCCCUUCACCGCCUGUCACAACCACACCGACCCAGAGUCCUACGUAAACGCCUGCAUCGACACUUUGUGCAAAUACCCUGCGGUGGACGGUCUGAACUGUCAGUUCCUGGAGGCCUACGCCAGCGACUGCAGGCUGCGCAGCAACGACACACUGGACAGCUGGAGGUCAACGGCCGGCUGCUCCCCCCCUCAGCCCUUCUGUCAGGGAAGGAUCUGCAGCGAUCAUGAGUUCUGUGCUGAGACCAUCAGUGGUGGAAUCGGCUGCUUCUGUCGGGCCAUUUUUGCCUUCCCGUACAGAUCGAAUGACACCGUGGGUGACCCGACGGUCUGCGAGGAGAACUCAGCCUCAGUUACUGUGGUCGGGUGUCUCCUGGAGGAGAAAGGCAUCGACUAUACGAUGUUACACCUCAAUGACCCCACCUGCACGGGUCAGAUAGAUGAGCUGGACCACAUGGUGACCUUCAGCUUCAACAGCAGCAACACCUGUGGGACGGAGGUCAUGGCCAACAACAGCCAACUGAUCUACAUGAACAGCAUCGUAGGCAACAACAGCGUCUCUGACAACAUCACUCGCCAGGACCAAGUCUACAUCGACUUCUCCUGCGUCUUCACUCAGCCAGAUGUCAACACUGUGACCUUCAGAAUCAAAGACAGCUCUGUGAUCCAGGAGUUCGCAUCUGGAACUUGGAAUUACACUCUGACCAUGAAGGCCUACACCGAUGCCGGCCACACACAAGCUGUGGAAUCAAUCACCGAAGUCCAGCUGAACCAACAGAUCUGGGUGGUGCUGGAGACUGGCGGGUUGGAUGGCAGUUUGGUCGCUGUGGUGACCGACUCCUGCUGGGCAACCGACCAGGCUGAGAGUCUGAGAUACAACCUGAUUGUAGACGGCUGUGCGAACCCCGAUGAUCAGACGGUGAAUGUGGUGGGAAACGGAGUGGGAACGUCCAACUACUUCUCCUUCCACAUGUUCCAGUUCUCUCGGAGCGCUGGUGACAUCCACUUGCACUGCAAACUGAACCUGUGUGCCAACCUGAACCAGACCUGCACCCCGAACUGUAACGGAGCUUCUCGGAGACGCAGAUCUGCCACGCUGGAGUAUGAAGACGAAGCCCCGGCCUUCAUCUCCAUGACCUGGACUCAUUAGGUGGUUUCCACGGUGACUCGGACUGACCGUCAGGCUGUCCACCUUCACAAUGAUUCCUGACUGUUGCUUGGUCCUGAUCCAGAUCCCGAGUGUGUCAGUCCUUGGCCUUUGGAACAACAUCUCCUGAAAGGACUAGCUCAGUCCUCACAGCAGAUUUUCUGCAACUGGAACACAUUCUUUUGAUUUCACCUUUUUCCACUGAAAUAUGAAACAGUAUAAAAACUAUAUGGUGAAGGGACGUGUGUGAAGAAGCUUGGCUUUAAUUCUAAUCAUGUUAUUCGUUCUAUGGUAUAUCUACUCUCCCACUAAUAACAAUAAUCACAUGUUAUUAAGGAUUACUAAUGAUGAUUAAUGAUUGCUGUCUGCAUAGCGCAGUGGGUGAGAGGAAUAAAAUGAGGGUUUUGAAGCAGUUCACUGAGCUGUGGAGAACAGGUUCCAUCUUGGAGACACUUGUUAGAAAAGAGGCAGCCACGAGGACGCCAUAGCAGAACUUUAAAAUCCUUCACAUUGACUUGUUUGUUCUUUUUUGGAGACAGCCGUUUCUGUCAGCUUGUGCCUGUAACAUGACUUCAGUUUUGCCACAAUAAGGUCUAGAAGUCCACUGUGAGGAAAACAGUGAAUUCAGUGCAAACGCAGCAUCAACACGUUGAUUUACAGAUUCCAGGUCAGUCGGAGCUGAUCUGUGUAGCCUCACUGUACCGAUAAUCUAAAGACAAGACCGGAUCCUGCUGUCAGGCUCAAAGACAAAAACACAUCGACUAAAUAAAACUCUGACAGACGGACUCUUUGAAAUAAAUAUCAACUGAGUCCAAAACUGCUGCU